CUCCAGGCAUAAAAAGAAAAAGAAAAACGAGAGAAAACUGAUACGAAAUAGUCGGGUUUUUGCCGAAUGUCGGGAUCUUAAUGUUGACACUCGUUGGAGAUGUACCACACCGCAGCCAAGGUUUUUGUAUUUACGUCUAACAUGUCGGCGUCGCGGGUAAUACGGUGUAGUAUUAUUCGUCAUUACUGCAAGAGGACCCCAAUAAAGCUGAGAGUGUCUGAAGCGCUUUCUGGCGCAGGGCUUGGAGAAAACAUCCAAAUACAGGGCUGGGUUCGCUCUGUCAGAUCUCAGAAAGAACAUCUCUUCCUCCAUGUGAAUGAUGGCAGCUCCCUGCAGUCUUUGCAAAUCGUUUCCCGUCCGGACGUCAGUGUGCUGCCCACGUUCGGAAGUGCUGUUGAAGUCACAGGUUGCCUUCAGAGAAGCCCCAGUCAAAGACAACCCGUUGAGCUACAAGCUGACAAAAUGUGUGUGGUUGGAGAGUGUAAUCCUGUGAAUUUUCCCUUCAAAAUCAAAGAGCGACACGGCAUUGAAUAUGUUCGCCAAUUUCCACAUCUGAGAUGUAGAACAAAUGUCUUCAGUUCACUGCUGAGGAUACGAAGUGAGGCCACGGCAGCAAUCCACUCAUAUUUCAAGGAAAAUGGCUUUAUGCAGAUUCACACCCCGGUGAUUACCUCAAAUGACUGUGAAGGGGCAGGAGAGCUCUUUCAGGUUGAGCCCUCUGGCAAUGUAAAGGAAGAGAACUGCAAUUUUUUUUCUGUCCCUGCCUACCUGACCGUGUCUGGUCAACUUCAUUUGGAGGUGAUGUCAGGGGCUUUUUCUAGAGUCUACACAUUUGGGCCAACUUUCCGUGCAGAGAACUCCCAAAGCAGGCGUCACCUGGCUGAGUUUUACAUGGUGGAGGCUGAGGUCUCCUUCACACAGUGCUUAGAGGAUCUGACCAAGGUUAUGGAGGACAUGUUCAGGUCUGUUACUGAGCACGUCUUAGUUCACUGUGCAGAGGAUGUGGAUUUAUUUCACACGUAUGUGACUCCUGGACAUCAGGAUGAUGUUGAUGCCAUGCUGAAAAAGAAAUUCAGUAUAAUAACCUAUACUGAAGCAAUAGACAUCCUAAACCGCAGCUCUGAGAAGUUUGUCUUCCCAACGAAAUGGGGUUGUGACCUUCAAACAGAGCAUGAAAAGUACCUGGUGAAGCAUUGCGGCAACAUUCCAGUCUUUGUCACUGAUUACCCUUAUGACCUGAAACCUUUUUAUGCAAGAGACAACCAGGAUCAUCCAAAGCAUACAGCAGCUGCUGUGGACCUUCUUGUGCCGGGGGUGGGAGAGCUGUGCGGGGGCACUUUGAGAGAAGAGAGGUUGGAUCUGCUUAGUGCACGGCUGGCACAAAAUGGGUUAGAGAACACAUACAACUGGUAUUUGGAUUUGAGACGUUUUGGCUCUGUCCCUCAUGGUGGCUUUGGAAUGGGAUUUGAGCGGUACCUGCAAUACAUUCUGGGUGUUGACAACAUAAAAGAUGUGAUUCCAUUUCCCAGGUUUCCCCAUUCUUGCCUUCUAUAAGGCAUACAGUUAUGCAUUUAACAGAAUUAACUGUGUUUUAAAACUCAUUGUGUUACAAGCGUAUGAUAAAAGUCGUAAUAAACACAACCCUUGAUA